AUGAUAGACCACGUCUUGGGGAGACCUUCGACCCGCCUCCGCAAGAUCCAAGUAUUUGCAGUCGUCUCCUUCUGGUCGGUAUACUUAUUAAGAGCAGAUAAACAUGGUCCGCCUUUUAUUCGAUCUCUGUCAUCCCGCUUUACGGGAAAGUUGACAACAUGGCAGACAACCGUUAUCAUAUUCCUUUGGCUCUACCUCAGCCGGAACUUUGCCAAGAUCGUCGGGCUUGAAUGCCCUGAACCCUUGGCAAACAUGUACUCGCGGUCCUUCUUUCGAGCAACAUGGAUUACCACUGGUUUGGAUGCUGGAUUUUGGACCGCGAUGAACAUAAAGCCAAAAUGGUUACGAGAUAUAGCCUCACUAGUCUUCACGGCUUACUAUUUGAUUGCUGCUGAACAGGCUGACGAGAAAGUCCGCCGGGUUCGUGCUACCCUGACACUGGAGCACCUGCGCGUUUCUUGGAACAAAGCUACCAGCCCCUACCUGUGGUCAUUGGCGAAACUGCUGCGGCCGCGAAUGACUCGGUUCCCGGCUCGAGCGAUCCGUGUUCCUCGCCCGGUGCAGUCUGUUUACACCGAUGCAGUGAACGCGUGGUUGUAUUUCGAUGGUCCGCUAAGUGCGCUCCGAGAUCAGAGUCUCAUUGUGCUGGAUGUACCUGGUGGUGGGUUUGUGGCUAUGAGUCCAAGAAACUCCGAGGACAAGCUAUUGUCUUGGGCAGGACGGCUCAAGGUUCCCAUCCUCAGCGUCGAUUACAAGAAGGCACCAGAAUUCGCAUACCCGUAUGCGCUGCACGAAUGCUACGAUGUAUACCAUAGCAUCAUUGCCACAAACGGUCGUUGUAUGGGUCUGAGUGGUAAGACUCGUCCUCGGAUUCUUGUCACCGGUGAGAGUGCUGGUGGGAACCUGGCUGUGGGCAUGAUCUUGAUGGUAUUGCAGUCUGCAAUGGCUCAGGGCUGGCGUGGAGACGAUGUGCUACCAGCUCCGGAUGGUGUUGUUUUGGGAUACCCUGCGUUGAAUAUGAGGGUUGAGAGCUGGAUGAGCGACGAGCAGAUGUCAUUGAUCCAGGAGAAGAGCACGCGUCAGACAAACCGCAGUGUUCUGCAACGGAAACACGAUCAGUACCGUAAACUCACACCGUUCACCUCGCCAGGUCACUCAAUCGAGGAUCUGACUGCUAUCUCACCAUCGGAGAAGGCAAAGGAUAAUAAAGAAGCCAAUGUGGCCGCUGAAGCAGCCAAAGCACUGAAAAAGAAACUCGAAAAGAGCGAGGACCUAGCCCAGAAGCCUGUUGCGAAAGAAAACGACGAAGUCAAACCAAUCAAGACCAGACUAGCCGUCUCGUCCAUGAUAACCUACGUCCACGACCGCAUCCUCACACCUGAAAUGACACGUGCCAUGAUCAUUCUAUACAUAGGAGCCCACCAUCGCCCUGACUUCAACACCGAUUUCUUCCUGUCUCCCGUCCUGGCCCCAGAUGCAUUACUUGCCCGCUUCCCGAAAACAUACAUCAUGACGGGAGAGCGAGAUCCUCUGGUUGAUGACACGGUAAUAUUUGCAGGCAGGCUGCGCCAAGCAAAGCUGCAUCACUUCCGUGAGCGCCAGGACCUGGGCUUGGAGAGGUCUAACCGCCCCUUCAACGAGCGAAACUACGUCGAGAUCUCCCUGAUUCCUGGUAUUUCACACGGAUUCAUGCAAAUGGCUGGCUUUUUCCCCGACGCAUGGAAGUAUAUCCAUCGCAGCGCGGACUGGCUUGAGAGUCUGUUCCAGAAGACCAACACUGAUAACCUCGAGGCGGACUUACUUUACCCUGAUCGAGAUGUGAAUGCUUCGAAUGCCAAUAAUCCGCUCAAAUGGUAUAAUCCCGCAGACCACGAAGCAAAUUCUCCGAACAAGCGGCGUAACCACCAUCGCAAGUUUACUGGCGAGUCUUCGGGUGAUGACGACAGACCAUUGGAAAUGAGCACAAGCAAGAUUAUGCCCGUUUCUGGUAGUGAGGAUGGAUUGACAUCAAAGCCUGAACACCGCACGCGUCGGAGGAGAUCGCGUUCCUCUUUUGCUUCCUCGCGAGUCACCGGCUUUACAUCGUUGGGAGAUGACCGCAAUGCUAAGGAUGAUUUCAUCGCUAAACUCCGGUGCUUAGAAAGAGCGGCUCGUUCGCCGAACCGUUUCGAUCCUGAUAAAACGAAUAGUGCCCCUGAAAGCCCUGGUGCAGUCCGUCCAAGAGGACGGAGCAUCGCUUCUCUUGACAGUGAAGAGGAUUUGCUGGAUCGUCGGAUGAACGGGCUCGCUGGUGGAUUGAUGGGGAUCGGGGAAGGCGCACAGACUCCCGGGCCGUGA